CUGGCCCCCGCCAUCUCCGGCUGUCCCUCCCGUGAAGGGUUUUGCUCAGUUCUGUGUUCCGGCUGUGGUGGGCUGGAUUUUGUGUAGUGAAACAUGAGGUCCCUUUGCACACAGUCAUCUGGAAGACAGCUGCUUAUAUGACAAUACUUACAUUGGCAUUUUCCAUCCUAAAGUCAUUUUACUGAUAUUUUUACUGCUUCUGAAUCAACUUUUUCUCAAAAAUUUCAGUUUUCUGGGCAAGUUUUAUGUGAGAUGGAAGAUUUUCAAGGUAUAGCAGAAGAGUCAUUUCCAAGCUUUUUUACCAAUUCAUUACUUGGUAACAGUGAGAUUUUAGAAAAUGUCACUCUUUCUUCAAAUCUUGGCUUGCCUGUUGCUGUUUCCACGCUUGCUAGGAAUAGAUCCAUUGCUGAUAAUAGGUUUCCUGAUGUUCAGGCAUCAUACUUCAUAGAAGGGAGGUUUUCUGUUCCAUCUGCGUCAUCUCCCAGUUGCCAAAGUGAUACUGAACCAAGAGAAAGGUUAAAGCUUAGCUUCCAGGAAGAUGAGAAAAAGAGCUGUAAAGAAAGUCCACAUUUGUCAAAAGUUUUCACAAAACAGUCUACUUUUCAAAGUGAUACACCAAGAGCAGAAGAGGAGCAGGCUAAAAGUACAGCAUCCUUGCAGAGACAGGAUCUUUUGCAUAGUGUUUCACCACUGGAACAAGUACCAGAUUCACCUGAUUUUUGUUUAAAAUCGUGGAUGAAUAAUCAAGAGCAUAAGAUUGUUGUGCCUGAUGCUGGAAAAGAAGACAAGACUCUAAACAGUGACUUAAACCAUGUUAGCUUCUUAGAAAAUGAAAAACUUAUGUCACUGGCCAGUUUGGAAGAUUCUUCUGAUGAUGAUAUUAAUGAUGAAGAGUUUUAUGAUGAACAUUUGGAAGCUUAUUUUGAACAACUGGCAAUACCAGGAAUAAUAUAUGAAGACCUAGAAGAACGAGAAUCUUCAGAAAAAUAUUUUAAAUUACCCAGUCAGACAACUGAAGACAGUAGCUUUAAGUCAGAAUGUAGCAGUUCUCACCACGGUUCAAACUCUUUAAGAAGUUCUGAAACAGUUUGCAAAGAGUCUGAGGAAGCCCACACUUUUUGUCUACCUGGGACCAGUAAUUCUGUAGGUACUGUUGAUAGUACAAAACAGGAAGGUGGUAUGUCAUUUUACCCUAGUAACUGGUGUGCUGAGAAGGAAAGGGAUGGAAGUUUGAAGGAUAUUUUUCCAGAUCAACACAGAGAAAUGGUAAGAGAAAACGUUCUGGAGAAGACUCUAAAUGCUACCAGUGAGAAACUUAACUCAAUUUAUUUUCAUACUACAAAUGCUGAAAAAAGUGAUUGUGACCAGACUGAUUUCAUAAAAGAUGGGGAAGAGUCUCCUCAUCAAAAUAAGCAUUUGCUAUCUGAUUUAGAAAGUGUUCUGCACAAGGAUAGAUGUUCAGAUACUGAGACUCCUACAAUUUCAAUUAAGAAAGAUAUGGGCACUGAAUCUUCAAUGCCCACUAAUGACGGCGGAAUCAACUCCACUAAUAAUCUUUGGUCAUCAAAUAGUGGAAGGAUAACCUGUGAAUAUCAUGAGUCAGUUGAAAAGAAAAGAGAUCUUUCAGAAAAUGUGGUCUAUCAAAAUGAAGAGGGCAAAUGGGUCACUGACCUUGCCUAUUAUACAUCUUUUGAUAACAAACAAGAUUUACAGAUGUCUCCAAAUGAUGGGAUAAAUGAAGAUUUCAGAUCUGGUUCUGAAGCAUUGGAUUUGAUUGCACGAGAUGAAGAAGAAUUUAAUAAAGAGCAUCAGUUUGUACAGGCAGAAAACAUAGAUGUUCAGAACAUUUCAGCUACAUUUGGGGAUUCAUCCUGGGUAGCUACAAUUAAUAAUAAUCUGUUGAAGAAAUCACAUAAUACAUCAGAAUUUGACAAAGAUGAUGCCAGUUAUUUACGCCUGUCACUAGGAGAGUUCUUUGCUGAAAGAUCUGAAGCUCUUGGUUGCCUUGGUGCUGGUAAUAGUGAGAAAAGACCAUCAUUUGGUUAUUUUAUUAGAUCACCAGAGGAGAGAGAACCUGUUGCUUUAAUACAAAAAUCUGAUAUAUCAAGAGAUAAUUGGGAGGAAGAAAUAGCUCAUCCUAACCCGGAUCAAUUUUCAGAAGAUGUAAAUGAAACAUCCCAGGCACAGCUAAGUGAAGGAUCAGUCACACUACAGGCAGAAACACUGGAGAGUAUUUCACAAGUGGAUGAACAUGAUAUGACAUUAACUGCCAAUAAAGUCAAAACAGAGGAUACUUCCUUCAGUAGUGUCAAACACAAGGAAUGCAAUGACUCACUGCAUAAUGAUGGUGAUUCUGUACUUAGGAUCAGCACCAUUGCCUCAGCAAUUGCAGAUGUGUCAGUGAGUGCUGAUCCUGCCCAGCUUGUUGUCAUGAUGAAGGCACUUAGAAAUAGAACCAGAGACAAGACUUCUUACCAAGAUGAUAACCAGAAGGGCCAUUCCACAGUGUCUCAUCCCUUACCUAAUGACUUAGAAAAAAAUAAUAGGUACACUGCAUUUGAUAUGGAAAAAUACCUUAAGAAGACAGAAGUUAGUAGGUCUGAAGGUGGAUUGGAAGAGUCUUCAAGGGCUGGCACAUCUGAUAUUUGGAAUUUAUCUUUACCAAAAGAACAAACUAUUCAAGACAUCCAUAUGGUUGACUCAUGUGCUACUAAUAUAAUUAUAAGGGAACCAAAAGAAAAGUUAGCAGCUAUUUUUUGUGAUGAAAAUGGAGAACAGGGCAAUCAGGAGCCACUUGGAACCGAAGAUUCUUCAGGCUCAGUUCUUAAAAUUACAAGAAUAGUUGAUACAAAGACGUGUUUCAUUGACAAUAAUAAGUUGUCAGAUAUGCAUAACAAUGAGAAAGAAACUUCCUCAGUUUCUACUCCAAUAACCAAUAGCUACUCAUCAGUAAGGAACCCCAGAAUAACAUCCCAUUGCUUCUUAGAAGAGUAUGAAGAAAUACGUGAAAAUAGAGAAAAUCAGAAUCAAAAAGAGUGUGUUAGUGAAGCAAGCAGCAGUGACAAGCAUGUGACUUUUGAAGAACAGUGCAAUGUCCCAUCUGAAAGUGAUGGUUUGAAAAAUACCUCUCCUGAGCAUGGUGGGUCUGGCUUACAGGAGGAUCCGGAGAGCUUCAGGCCUUCUACCUCAUCACUCAGCCAUUCUCCUAGUGAAAUUUCUGGAACAAGUUUAUCAAGGUAUGUGCUUACCUUGUUUAGUGAUAUCACCAGUGAAUUGAGCAGCACAAUGACGCAAGCCAAACUAACUCUAUCGGAGGAACAGGCUAUUGGAAAUCUUAGAGAAAAAGUUCCAGUUCAUAACAGAAGAAAAGGAAUAUUAUCAUGUAUUGCUCAAAGUAAGUUUGAUUUGGAAAAAGGAACUGAAACCACUUCUUUGAGUAGCAGACCUGAGGAUGGAGAAUCUUAUUUUAUAUCGAGUCAGGCUUCGUCCUCGAAAAGUAGAGAGCCUGUGGGAACCAGUGAGGAAGGUUUGACACCAAACCCCAGUGAACUAGACCUGAUCAGUCUGACUCUGCUGAGCAAAGCAGAUGUGGGCCUUCAGGCCGGAUCAGCCUCAUCACAUCUUUCUGGGUCAAGCCAGAAGACUACAGAAGAAGGUCAGAGGAUAACUUCUAAAGACCCUUCAACUGCCAGCAGUGAUACCAGUGGCCAGAUUCUUAAUCAGAGCACUUUGGGAAACCAGCUCAACCUCCCUCCAUGUCUUAUGGGUCAUGGCUCUGCUGUUGAUAUGCAAAACAUGCCUGCUGUGCACCCUUCACUCUGGACCGGACAUUCUGUGAGCACAGCUCCGUUGGCCCAGCAGUAUUUGGGGACCUUCCCUUCAACUGCAAAUGUUAACAGGCCUCCGUGCCAUGCAGGUAGCACUUCAGUCUGUGGAUUCUCUGGAUAUUCUUAUCCUUCUGUUGCUGGAGAACAUAUGGCUAUGGGGAUAUGUUUAGGACCAACUCUUGCUUCCGGAUUGAUGGGUCCCUCUUCCUUUUGUAACCCAUGUUCUAAUGCUUUACGUCAGAACCUGUUGAAUACAGCAAAACCUUUUUCAGUGCAAUCUGUUGGUGCAAACUGUGGAAUUGAACAGUGGAAUUCAGGAACCAUGCCAAGAUUUGGGAAUGUCAGAGUGCCUGAGGAAUUGAAGUUUCCUCAUGCUUGCUGUGUUGGUAUUGCUUCGCAGACCCAUCUGAGUGUGCUUAAUCCAACUGACCGCUGGCUACAAGUUAGCAUCGGGGUUCUCAGUGUUAGUGUUAACGGUGAGAAGGUGGAUCUUUCAACAUACCCUUGUUUAGUUUUCAAGAAUAAAGUCAUUAUAAGACCUCAUGUUACAGAAGAGAUAAAAGUACUUUUUAUACCAUCCAGUCCUGGGAUUUUCAGAUGUAUAUUCAGCGUCACAUCUUGGCCAUUCUCAGCAGAUACUGAAACAAUAGUACAAGCAGAAGCUUUGGGAAGCAGAGUCAUCCUCACAGCGAUUGCCGAGGCCCCUGCUAUUGAGGUAGAAACAGAAAAGAAAGGUGUUCUAGAUUUUGGUGACUUGACAUAUGGAGGCUGGAAGGUUCUCCCACUGAAAGUGAUAAAUAGGACGAAUGCUGUGGUGCCUAUCAGAAUGAUUAUUAAUGCUAAUGCCUUUGCAUGGCGCUGCUUCACAUUUUCAAAGGAACCUGUGCAUGCUUCUCUGAAAGCUGCUCCUUACGCUGAUGUGAUUGCUCAGCUAGCGGCUCCAUCUGUGGUCAGUCACAUCCUGCCAGCCAGUUUUGAUGGACAGGACCCAGAAUUUCUGAUAGUUUGGGUGCUUUUCCAUAGUCCAAUGAAACCAGUAACUUCUUCAGAGAUUCUAGACUCAGCAGAAGAAUUCUUGGCAAGAGUUGAUAUAGAAGUUGACAGCCCAAAUCCUACACCAAUUCUUAUGAGUGUGAGUCUCCGAGCAAGAGCAGGCAUAGCUAGAAUUCAUGCCCCCAAGGAUUUACAGACUGUGCAUUUGUUGGCCAGUGUGAAUUCCUCAAUGAAGCAGCACUUGCCUUUGAAAAAUGCUGGGAAUAUCGAAGUUUAUUUAGAUAUCAAGGUCCAAGAACAAGGAAGUCACUUUUCAGUGGAUCCAGAGAAUCUGUUUCUUAGACCUGGAGAAGAACAUGAAGUGACAGUUUCAUUUACACCAAAGGAUCUCAAAGCCUGUGAGGAAAGGAUCUUGAAAAUAUUUGUGCAGCCAUUUGGACCUCAGUAUGAAGUACUGUUAAAGGGUGAAGUCAUUUCUUCAGAAAGUACACCUUUGCCUGGACCCUGCUGUUCAGAUAUUCCAUCAAUUUUGUCCAACAAACAGUUUCUGACUUGGGGUGGUGUACCUCUCGGCAGAACACAGCUUCAGAAACUAGCUUUAAGAAGCAAUUCUACAUCUACAACCCAGCACUUGCGACUGCUCAUUAGAGGACAAGAUCAAGAUUGCUUUCAGUUUCAGAAUACUUUCGGCUCAGAAGAGCGGUUGACCAGUUCUUGUGAGAUCAGAAUACACCCCAAAGAAGACAUUAUAGUCUCUGUAUUAUUUACACCUACUCGAUUAUCUUGUAUGUUGGCCAAACUAGAAAUCAAACAACUUGGAAAUCGAUCACAACCGGGCAUUAAGUUCAUGAUACCUUUGUCUGGAUAUGGAGGAACAAGUAAUCUUAUUUUGGAAGGUGUUAAAAAAUUAUCUGACAGUUACAUGGUGACAGUGAAUGACUUAAUUCCUGGCAAAGAAAGUAAAAUUGUUUUUUCUGUCCGAAACACUGGCUCUCGAGCAGCUUUUGUUAAAGCAGUAGGCUUUAAGGAUUCUCAGAAAAAAAUUUUGCUGGAUCCUAAAGUAAUAAGGAUUAUUCCAGAUAACUUUAUACUCAAGGAAAGGACACGAGAAGAUGUUACUUUAAUAUAUAAUCCAUCUGACAGAAAGAGUGAUAAUAACACUGCGACAGAACUGUCGACUAUAUACUUCUUUGGUGGUGAUGAAAUUUCCAGACAGCAGUAUCGAAGAGCCUUGCUGCAGAAACCUGGAAUUAUAAAGCAGAUACUUCCAGAGCAUAGUGUAUUGCAAAACAUUAAUUUUGUUGAAGCAUUUCAGGAUGAAAUACUGAUAGAGGAAGUACAUGAUCUUCCCCAACGGCCUAACGAUAUUCAGCUAUUUUAUGGAAACAUGCGUAAAAUUAUGCUUUCAGUAAUUGGAGAAUUCAGAGAUUCUGGUCCUAACAGAGAACUUCUUCAGCCUUCUCCCAAAGCUAGCUUGGAAUCUAAAAGUGAAUUGAGACCUUCUGAUAAACAUGGUGGCAAUAUCUCUUUGGAUGUUUUACCAGUUAAAGGUCCUCAAGGGUCUCCUUUUCUCUCACAAGCUGCCCACUCAUCUCAAGAUACAGCAGCCUCUGAAGAGAUGUGGACCAUCCAACCUGAACACUUAAUUCUGGUAGCUCCUUCUUCUUGUGAUAUGACAAAAACUGGACGUUUCCAGAUUGUUAAUAAUUCUGUCAGGUUGCUGAAAUUUGAACUAUAUUGGCCAGCCCAUUGCCUGACAGUCACACCACAACACGGAUUUAUUGCACCAGAGAGUAAACUACAAAUUCUUGUGAGUCCUAAUUCUUCCUUAUCCACAAAACAGUCUAUGUUCCCAUGGAGUGGCUUGAUCUAUAUUCACUGUGACAAUGGACAGAAGAAAUUCGUGAAAGUUCAAAUUCAAGAAGAUUUGACUCAAGAUGAACUUUUGACUCGUUUGGCUUCUAGCACAUUAGGAAUUCUUACCACCACAUCUGAACCUCCCAUUAGUCAUGUGAUAAAACCAGUAGUAAAGCCACCUUCCACAAAAGUUGAAAUAAGAAACAAGAUGAUUACUUUUCCUACAACAGAAUCUGGUAAAACUUCAGAGAACUAUCUGGAAUUUGAGAAUCAUGGUCCUGUGGAUGUGAAGUGGCACCUGUCAUCUUUUGCUCCCCCAUAUGUCAAGGGAGUUGAUGAAAGCGGAGAUGUUUUUAGAGCAACAUACACAGCAUUCAGAUGUUCUCCCAUUUCUGGUACACUGGAAAGCAAUAGAAUCCAGAAGGUCUCCAUCACAUUUUUGCCCAGAGAUAGAGGGGAUUAUGCCCAGUUUUGGGAUAUUGAGUGUCACCCUGUUAAAGAGCCUCACAUGCAACACACUUUGAGAUUCCAGCUCUCUGGAAAAAGCAUCAGAGCAGAAAAUAAACCUGGAAAGGCACGCUCUUCCACUGAUAGACUCAUUAAAGUAGAUAAUGUAGGUAUGUCCCGAAAGUGUGCUUCAUUGGAGGCUUCUGCUCUCCCACUUGGGCAAGGUGAUUUGAGUCAGCGUGGCGUAUAUGCCCCAGAAGAUGUGUAUGUGUUCCUGCCAACCAGAGUCGGGGAAUCACGGACACUGAAAGUUAAUCUGAGGAAUAGUUCUUUCAUUACACACUCACUCAAGUUUUUGAGUCCCAGAGAGCCUUUCCACAUCAAGCAUUCCAAAUACUCUUUGCGAGCCCGGCAUUACAUCCAUAUCCCGGUGCACUUCAGACCAGAGGCUGCAGGCAGAUUUGAAGCAUUGCUUAUUAUUCAGACGGAUGAGGGCAAAAGUGUUGCUGUUCGACUCAUUGGUGAAGCCCUUGAAAAAAAUUAGAAUACAUGUUGUGUAAAUUACCUGUUAUAUUUGGGAACUUUGUUUUUCUGCACUAAAAUUAUGCUGUUGUAUAUAUAUUUGUGUGAUAAAUUUGAUGUGUGUAACUAUAUAUUUUUAUUUGUUUUGAGAAGUUAAUCCUGAAAACCUGGCUAAAAUAUCAUGUUUUUAGCACGAAGUAUUGUAUUAACUUCUACAAAAGAGGAGAGAAAUCUAUUUUUGCACUGAUUAUGGUAUUCUAAAUAAAUACAGAAUAUGUUUGAUUGUGGUAUAUCCAGAAAUAAACUUAAUUUUCUAUUGAA